AAAAUUAUAAAUUUGUAAACCCUCCCAGUCCCCUAUUUUCUUCCCCGGACGGCCAUCGUUUCAAAAACCCAGAACCUUCACUCACCACUCUCACAGCAAACACACAACAGUUUCUCAGCUCUUUUGUCAACUGGAGAAAUGAACUUCGAAAAUUCCAAUAACCCAAAAAAGAUUUGCUCACCUCCCAAACAAGAACAAACCCAACUCAACUUCCAACAAGCCUUCACAAACCUUCAACACCACUGCUCUGGUCUCUUCGACAAUAUCUUCAACCCCAACCCCUCUACCUUCAAAACCCACCUCCAAUCCACCUUCUUCAACCUCCAAACCCAAGCAAAGCAUGCUUUCGAAGCCGGAAUUUCGCGUUUUGAAUUGGGUUCUUCUUCUUCGUCUGCGAAAAACCCAGUUUGGGGUCGGAUUGCCGUGGACAACAACAAAUCACAGUUUCUCGCCGAGGCCAAUUCCCGAAGUAGUGGGUCGGGAACGUCAACUGAGGUCAUUGAAGAGCGUUUGGCAGGCGUUCCCGUUUACGCGCUGAGCAAUGCUGCGGAGGAAUUUGUUUUGGUUUCGGGCUCUUCGACUGAGAAGUCUCUUGGGUUGUUCUGUUUCAAGAAAGAAGACGCAGAGACACUUCUUGAACAGAUUAGAGUUAUGGACCCCGGAAUGCAAAAUGGGUCCAGAGUUGUUGCUGUUGCCUUGAAUAAGGUUUUUGAUCUUAAGGUUAAUGGAGUUGCCUUCAGGUUCGUUCCCGAGUCUUCUCAAGUGAAAAAUGCGCUCAAGGAAAGACAAAAGGCUGGUUUUCCUGAUGAUGGCUUCUUUGGAGUUCCAGUUUUCCAGUCGAAGAGCUUGAUACUAAGGAGCCAAAAAAAGAACUACCGUCCUGCAUUUUUCAGGAAGGAGGACUUGGAGAAAUCACUAGAAAGAGCAUCUGGACAGCAGAAUCAGUUGAACCCUGCUUUCAGACUAGGGGAUAUCGAGGUUGCUGUUCUCGAGGAUGUGAUAAAAGGGAUGAAGGAAAGUUCUACAUCAAAAUGGAGUGAUGUUGUCUUCAUUCCUCCGGGAUUUGAUGUCGCUACCGAUCCCACCAGCCAGGCAAACAGUAAAUGAGGUUGUGAUGCCAUCCCUUCAUGAGAUGAUCAAAAUUGUUCUUUUUUCUAUUUUGGCAUUGGUUAACUUCAUGUAUAUGAAAAGGUUACCAAACUCGGGGAUUAGAUUUAAUGCGUGUAACUAUUUAGCCAGCUACAAUGCACUCCAUGACCGAACAAAAGAAAAAAAAAAAAAAAAAAACUGCUAUGCUAACAGUUUGUCAAAGGAAAAUAGAUUUUCUUUGUUAUUAUUAUUUUUUUCCUUGAGCUUUUAUCCAAAUUUUAAUAGAUUUUUUUUCCAUCUUUAAA